AUGGACAAAGGGCCUGCUGUCUGCCUGCCUCCCUGCCUGUCUGCUCCUGCCACAGAUGGCGUUUGGUCAGGGGAAAGGAUGGAGACAGAGAAACGGACAGCAUCACAAAAGCAAAGCAGCACUCUUCUCCACACCCCCUUCUUCAUCGACCCUGUGCGCUUCAAACGCUCCCCAAACACGAGUGGCCAGGCCUUUGUUGAGCCCAGCAGGGGGUCCCCUUCAUGUACAGAUGGGAGCCUGCAUCAUCAAAACCUCCAGUUGUAGAAGAGGGCCUGGGCCAACUCUGGUCUUCCCAUCAGGGGGAAAGGGGAAUAGGGCUGAUGUUUUGACAUUGGGACGUGUCUGUCAGUUGGGUUGAGUUAAUGGGAGAGAUCCCUUAGCCUUUAGAUUCACAGCACAGCACACCACCCAACCAUUCUCUUCCUGCACAUAUCAUCAGAAGAGCGACGUGAUGCUCGUGUCUGUCUCUCUCAUAUCUGUCUCUUAUGUCUGUCUAGCCGGUCUGUCUGCUCCCAUGAUCCUCUCUGUCCGGUAAUAUGUGUACACACACAUGUAUUUUGGAUGCGUUUUCAUGCCAGAAAGGGGAAAUCAAUGCUCACCUAUGCCGUACAACAUGAAUGCUGCAUUUAGGAAGACUAGCUCUCAGCACAGAAUUGGCAGCAAAGCCUUUACUAGCUGCUAAAGCUGUGUCGGACACCUUAAGCCUCCCAUUAGGGGUUCCGGGAGAGAGCGAGAAUUUGUCUGUCUAUAUGUGUCUGUGUUUAGUCUGAGAGACAGAGAUCAAGAGAGUAUAGGCUGUGUGUUUGUGUGGGAAAGAAAAUAGAUCAAUUUGUUCCUGUCUCCUGAAUCUGUGACUCUACAUACAUACAGUAUUUUCCAAUAGCUAUGGGCUUGUAUUCAAUUAAGCCAAUUAAUGUAUUGCUUAAUAGUUUAUUUGGUGCUGCUGUACUUAUGUACUUGUAUGUAAUAAUGGAGAUGGGAUGUGUGUGUCUGUAUUGGAUGUACUUGCAUGCGUGUGUGUGUGUGUGUGUGUGCAGUCAUAAAGAGUGUAAUUGAAAGGCCUGUGCUGUGUGUGUUUUACCAGGGGCUGUGCAGCUCCUCAAGCGGGUCUCUAAUUACUGUAUCAGCCUGUGAUUAUCCAGAGCUCAGGCUCCAGCACACACAGGCCCACAUGGACCAGUUAAACCGACAUCAGCAGAGACGCAUCACCAGCACACACCUCAUGAAAAUCUGUGUUUUGUGGCAUAUAGUUACAUUGUUGCUUCUGUUUGCUGAGAGGAAGUCGCAUUCUCAUUAAACCGACAUCUUAGAAAGUUAUUCACAGUGCUUUAUUAAAAAGUGUAAUAGACUAAUUAGAUGGGAUUCAAUACAUUUUUGUUGUUUUAUCUAACAUGUUGUGAUUCAAAAUAUUUUGAUGUGCAACCUAAUCCAGUGAUUGUCAUGAAUUGUAAAUUGACAAUGGGCUAUUGUUGUUAUAUUUUACUGUUAAAAUAGGGUUCCAGAAUGUUCCAAUUUUUUUGUUUGUUUAGUAGAGAUGAAUUUGCCUGCAUCUAUGUGCACUAAUAUCAAAGGCUCAUUUAUUUGGUGCUAAUUCACCUGAGUAAGUGGAAACUCAAAACACAUUGGCUAGAUCGCUAACUCGAAAUAUAAUACCCACUGCUAAUAUCCAUGCAUUAAUCUAACGGUACAUUUUAUGUCCCCAAAAACGUUGCAGUUGUAGCCUAGGUUACUACCUAAUGAAGCCUAUGCAAUCGCAAUGGCUGACGCACAUUUUGCGCGCUCUGUAUCUCAAAGCCAUAUAAAAUAUAUUGUUUGUAAAAUAGUCACUAUUGAGCUCAAAAUUGAGAGUUGAGAAAUAAAACACUAUACCUACACAAAGCUGAGAACCUCCUCUCUUCGACUGUGACAACAGUUGCUGUGUUUUCCCCGCAAUUGGAUUUUGAAAAUGUUAUACAAUCAGACCACUUUUUUUUUUUUUUCUCACUGAGCAUUUCUUUCCCUGGGAAAGGAGAGAGCGAGAGUGGCUCGCUCGACACAGCAGAAGGCCCCAGUGAAACAAGUUGGGUCUGACUGCGACCUGUGUCCUGGGCGGUUCUUACCUGACCAGGCAAGAAUCGCUCUGGGAAAACCUGCCCCCUCUUUCAAUUCGCUUCUGGAUUCUUCUCUUUCUAUUGGCUUCUGGCUACUUCCUCAUUCUACAGGUCGCAUUGAGUCAUGGGGCAGCUGUAUCACGGUGUCGCCGGCGAUAACAUUAGCUAACAUGGCAACCAAUGCACCGGUGUUGUAUCGAGGUGCUUGCCAACCUGAGGUGCUUCCCACUGGGCAGCUGUAUCACGGUGUUACCGGUAGCUAGUAAUUUGGCAAUUUUCUUCUACCCUUCCAGGAUUAUAUUUCAAGUAGGAUAACAGUUUACACGAGAGAACUAAUAUUGGUAGUCAUAAACACUGAGGGUACAAAACAUUAGGAACACCUUCCCAAUAUUGAGUUGCACCCCCUUUUGCGUUCAGAACCGCCUCAAUUCGUCGGGGCAUGGACUCUACAAGGUUUCGAAAGUGUUCCACAGGGAUACUGGCCCAUGUUGACUCCAAUGCUUCCCCACAGUUGUGUCAAGUUGGCUGGAUGUCCUUUGGGUGGUGGACCAUUCUUGAGAUCCCAAGGGAAGCUGUUGAGCGUGAAAAACCCAGCAGCGUUGCAGUUGUUGACACACUCAAACCGGUGCGCCUGGCAACUACUACCAUACCCCGUUCAAAGGGACUUUAAAUAUUUUUGUCUUGCCCAUUCACCCUCUGAAUGGCACACAUACACAAUCCUUGGGCUCCCGAGUGGCUCAGCGGUCUAAGGCACUGCAUCUCAGUGCUUGAGGUGUCACUACAGACCCCCUGGUUCGAUUCCAGGCUGUAUCACAACCGGCCGUGAUUGGGAGUCCCAUAGGGCGGCGCACAAUUUGGCCCAGCGUCGUCCGGGUUUGGCCGGUGUAGGCCGUCAUUGUAAAUAAGAAUGUGUUCUUAACUGACUUGCCUAGUUAAAUAAAGGCUUAACAAUCAUUCUUUAACCUGUCUCCUCCCCUUCAUCUACACUGAUUUGAAGUGGAUUUAACAAGCGACAUCAAUAAGGGAUCAUAGCUUUCACCUGGUCAGUCUGUCAUGGAAAGAGCAGGUGUUCCUAAUGUUUUGUGCACUCAGUGUAGAUGUUGCUGUGAUACAGUCUACUCAAUGGGGAGAGCAUGAACGGCAACAACCCUGGGACACAGUGUCCCUCGCUCCCGUUUUCCAAGCACUGCUGUCCCACAAUGGCGUGGGGAAUAGCUACUAGUGUAGCCAAUGUCAGGGGGUAACUCUUGCAGUAGUUCAAUGGUAAAGUCAUCAAUAAAACUGGCUGCUACUGCGGCCCGUAGAACGAGGAAGUAGCCAGGAGCCAAUAGAAAGACUGGGCGGGUUUUCCCUGGGCGGUUCUUGCAUGGUCAGGUAAGAACCGUCCAGGACGCGGGUCGCAGUCGGACCAUAUUGAGCGAAACCGGUACAGGGGCAGGCAGACACUUUAAUUACAAGAAUCAUAAGCAUAAUGCACUUUACUGUUUGUCCUAAUCAUGGUUUUAGCCUCCUACAAAAUAGGACGUUUUAAGUGAGGUGACCAUGUACAAUGUUCAGCUCGGACUGAUGCGACUAAUUCAAAUCAAGGUCGUUAAAUGCGACUAAAUGGUCGCAGUCUGGAGCCCUGCUUUGGUCAGGAUUAUUUUUCAUACGUACUAAAUCACCUAAAAACAGAGGAUGUAGGCCAAGGUGGUGGUGAUUAAAGAGGGCUGGAGAUUGCAUCUCUGUUGGGGUCCACUGUCCCCAAACAAUGCUGUGGGCCUGUUUUUUCGCCUCAUCCCCUCUGGCUAUUGAGGAGUAGAGCACUACAUGCAACCAUUUGCAGCUCUGUCUCUGGAGAGGUGUAAGUGAUACAUCAUCAGUUUGGGGGACAGGUUGUGAGUGGGAGUGAUAUAGUGUGACACGCCAUCUCCCUCUCCUCUCCCCUCCAUCUUCCAAUGAGAGGGUGACCCUGCUGUGGAGAGAUGGUCCCUGGAGGGGUGACGUGGGGCAGGGGGAUUAUACCCCCUCUGGUACACAGCUGAGCCGAUGGGUACCUCAUCGCCCCUUUCCAUCAUGAGCAGCCCCGAAACACAACCCUCCAAUUGAAAAGCUGUGAAAUAGGCCACGGCAGCCACUAAUGUGAUUUCUCUACUUUACAGAAACACACACACACACACACACACACACACACACACUCUAACCAGUAAGGCAGUAUCAGGGGUUUGUGUGUGUGAGCCCACCACCAUGAGGCUAGGUAUAAGAUAUUGGUGUAUUUGACUGGCUAUCUCUGAUGUAGCCAGGCAGGCCAGGGUUAUACAGCAGUCCUCUCAGGCAUCAUGUGCCCCACCUCUAUGGCUGUGCUGUGCUGUGUGGGAUAGGAGGUUGAGGAUCAGAGAAGUCACUGUCACAUGGGAUUCCCAUCACUCCCUCUCCCUGCUUGUCUGUCUGUCUGUCUUACACAUGCCAAACCUAAGGACUGUGUUGCCAGGUCUAGAACACUGCUGGUUUGAUCUUUGUUAUAAUGAUUAUCACUAACGAAGAUGCAUUAUGUAAUUAUUAGAGCAAUCGUUUCUAUGCUUGGAAAGGAUGGGGUUUAGCUUAGGUUGAGGAACUGUUGUCUGCUUCUCUUCCUGUGUUGCUCUGAAUGAUUCCUCUUGGUGCUGUGAAAAUCAAUGGGACUCUAAGAAAUGGAGCAUGCAGGAAGGGGAUUUCAGAUACACAUAGAGAAUGGGGAGCGAGAGUUGUGGGUAAUGUAGUUUGGUUUGGGGACACCCCUUGCCCACGUUGUGUGGGUGCUGGCUCUACUCUCUAUAUCCCAGAUGGGCUGAAAUCUAGGCCAGCUCUGAUUGCAUGCCUGAGCUCAUCUCUCUCGCUCACUCUUCUUCUCUCUCACUCUGUCUCUAUCUCUCUUCCCCCGUCUCUCUCAUAUACGUGCCAGUCGUAUGCUGACCUCACUGAAUGGGCUGCUGUCUGAAUAUUUGAUGAGGCGCCCAGGUUUCUUGCAGGCAGGAGUAGAGGAACAGGGCUGGUGCUGCUGCUGUGAAUGACUGGUGAGAGGCACGAAGGGACUCCUAUCUAUUAUGGUAACCACUAAUCCUCAUGUUGUGGAAUGGAAAACCACACACUCCAGACCCUAGCUGAUUUAACUGGCAUUCCUUCUCACUGAUGAAGUGGGCGAAGUUCACCUGUCAAGGAUAGUGAAUUAGCAUGAAUUAUUCUACAAGGGCACUGACUUAGAUAUUAUUUUGGAAUAAGUGUAGGUAUAUUUCUUGAGGACCUAUCACACUGACGUGCAGAUUGUGUUCCCUGUGCUACAGAGUCUUUGAUGUGGUGUGCAUGCUGACAUCUCUGAGGAGGUUAUUGGGGAUUUUGUCACAUUUCAUUAGUUGUGUGAUGUGUUAGACUGAACAGCCUGGCAGGUCUCAGUGUGAUGGAGAGACAGAUCUGUUGGUCUCCUCAGCUCAAUGUUGGAUCUGUACCUUUGUACCUGGCUGGGUGCUUGUGUUGUUAGUGGUGGCAGUUGUUCUGUGGAGCAGGGAUGUAUCUCCUCUCAGAAUUCUCCCAUCCCACUGCCUCUGGAAUGGAGUUAAACACAAACACUUCCUUAUGCAAAAUGUCUCCCACACAGUUAAUGCUGCAACAUGUAACAGGCUUGCUCAGAGACAGUCCUCUUAUGUGGAGCCAAAACAAGCUAGUCGUAUCUCUUUCUCUCUGAACAGAGAUACUUAGUGGGCAUGUGUGCCUGAAGCUACGAAGCUAUGAUAGAGAGUGGGUGACUGACAAGUAUUGAUGUUUGUUGUGUUCCCACUGCCUUUAAUGGCUUGUCUGCCAUGUGAGAUCUGACUGGAUGGUUGCCCCAGGUUCCUCUUAUUCUCAUUUGCCUGACUGGUUAUUCCCAGAAAACCUGAAAGAAAGUGGAGGAGAUCAAAUUGGAAUUCAUCCUGAUCGGGCUUUAACUGAGCUUAAAGAUGUACACAAGAGACUCAGUCAAAUAUCUGGAUUUUAGAUUUUUGAAAGGCAAGGAUCCAUUGGGCAUCUUUAUGCAGUUUUGGGUUUAGUGAUGAGAGAAGAGCGAGGCCAUUAUAUCAGGUAGGCUGCCAAGGCCUGUGAGUGGCCUAGAGAUAAAGCUUUAGUCCUGCCGUAUCUGCCCUCUAAUUAAAUAGCCAACGUUGUUUUGGCAGCCAAGAUUACACCCUCCUACUCACCAUGCUGAACCCUCGCCCCUACACACAGACACAGGGCUGAGGCCAGUUUAUUAGACUGCUCAGGAACCAACUCCCUCUGUAUUUGAGGAACUCAACCUUUGUUAAAGUUUCAUUUAGAAAUAAGUUGUAUCAGCACAACCUCCUUCCCUCCUUUGCAUGCACUACUGAAGCAAACAUAGAAAUACAUAUAAAUGCAUAUACACACACGUCCCCUCACAUGUGAGCAUCUUGCAGAUUCAGUUGCUUACCGCUCUGCGUGUGGUUGCCAUGGUAUCGGUAGCCAGGACCUUCAAAUAAUCCUUCACGGAGUACUGCAGAGCUCUCCUUCACAGAGUGGCCUGUGCUCUACAGCAGAGCCCCAGCCUCAGGGACACAGCCUCUGCUGGGUCCCCAACAACCUGAUGUUCCGGUUUUCAGGGGAAAUGGAAAGAGAGCCUGUGACGCCACUUUCACCUUUUGGACGUUAACAAGGCGACACUCCAUCUUAACUCCUCCACAUUUACUGGAUUGGUUGAACAGUGCAGAAGAGAACCUCCCCCGACAGUUUAUUUUCUUCUCGUCAAGACCAGUACGUAGAGGAUAUAGUUUAUUUUACGCCUGCUACGUUAGGUUAGGGACACACAGGCAGAGACUAGACUACUGAUUUGUGGGAUCAGAUACAGAUAGGUCUCUUACCUAACAGUCACAUUCACAAGAAGAUACACUAUAUUUACAAAAGUAUGUGGACACCCCUUCAAAUUAGUGGAUUCGGCUAUUUCAGCCACACCCAUUGCUGACUGGUGUAUAAAAUGGAGCACACAGCCAUGCAAUCUCCAUAGACAAACAUUGGCAGUAGAAUAACCUUGCUGAAGAACUCAGUGACUUUCAACAUGGCACCAUCAUAGGAUGCCACCUUUCCAACAAGUCAGUACAUCAACUGUAAGUGCUGUUAUUGUGAAGUGGAAGCGUCUAGGAGCAACAACGGCUCAGCCGCGAAGUGGUAGGCCACACAAGCUCACAGAACCGGACCGCCGAGUGCUAAAGUGCGUAGCGUGUAAAAAUCGUCUGUUCUCUGUUGCAACACUUACUACCGAGUUCCAAACUGCCUCUGGAAGCAACGUCAGCACAAGAACUGUUCGUUGGGAGCUUCAUGAAAUGGGUUUCCAUUGCCGAGCAGCUGCACACAAGCCAAAGAUCACCAUGCACAAUGCCAAGUGUCUGCUGGAUUAGUGUAAAGAUCGCCGCCAUGGGGCUCUGGGGCAGUGGAAACGCGUUCUCUGGAGUGAUGAAUCACGCUUCAGCAUCUGUAAGUCCAACGGACAAAUCUGGUUUUGGCGGAUGCCAUGAGAACACUACCUGCUCGAAUACAUAGUGCCAACUGUAAAGUUUGGUGGAGGAGGAAUAAUGGUCUGGGGCUGUUUUUCAUGGUUCGGGAUAGGCCCCUUAGUUCCAGUGAAGGGAAAUCUUAAUGCUACAGCAUACAAUGACAUUCUGGACCAGGGUUCCCCAACUAGCAGCCAGAAUUUGGCCCGUGGGUGGUUUUAUUUGGCCCCCCAAGUUUGUUGUACAUAAGACUGUAAAAAUACCAGGAAAUCAGCUCCAAGUAUUCCCACGCAUAAUAGAGAGAAGUGGUGGUAUACAAAUAAUAAUAAUAAAUAAUAAUUGGUGGAUUUAUAUAGCACUUUUCUACUAACUGAGGUACUCAAAGCGCUUUACAUAGUAGGGGGAAAAUCACCUCAUCCGCCAUCAAUGUGUAGCACACACCUCACUGAUGCACGGCGACCAUUUUUGUGCCAGAACGUGAUAUAUGCCAAUUAGGAAUGAAGGGGAUGAUUAGGUGGCCAUGAUGGAAUGUGGCCAGGUUGGGAAUUUAGCCAUGACACCGGGGUGAACACCACUACUCUUACAAUAAGUGCCAUGGGAAUUUGAAUGACCACCGAGAGUCAGGACACCCGUUUUAACAUUCCAUCCGAAAGACUGCACCCUACGCAGGGCAAUGGCCCCAAAUGUAAUCAAGGUUUGAAAUUAUGUUUUAGUCACUUAUUAUAUAUGUUUGGGCUACUUGCGGUUCAUUUGCAGUCUAAAAACAUUGUUUUUUUACUAUGUUCCGGCCCCACGACCAUCCACUUAAGAAAUAAUUGGCCCACGGCUGAAUCUAGUUGAUGAUCACUGUUCUAGACGAUUCUGUGCUUCCAACUUUGUGGCAACAGUUUGGGGAAGGCCCUUUCCUGUUUCAGCAUGACAAUGCCCCCGUGCACAAGGUGAGGUCCAUACAGAAAUGGUUUGUCGAGAUCGGUGUGGGAGGACAUGACUGGCCUGCACAGAGCCCUGACCUCAACCACAUCGAAAACCUUUGGGAUGAAUUGGAAUGCUGACUGCGAGCCAGGCCUAAUCGCCCAACAUCAGUGCCCGACCUCACUAAUGCUCGUGGCUGAAUGGAAGAAAGUCCCCGCAGCAAUGUUCCAACAUCUAGUGGAAAGCCUUCCUAUAAGAGUGGAGGGGGCUAUAGCAGCAAAGGGGGGACCAACGCCAUAUUAAUGCCCAUGAUUUUGGAAUGAGAUGUUCGACGAGCAGGUGUCCACAUACUUUUGAUCUUGUAGUGUACGUACAGUACUGUGUAUAUAGUCGCUGUGUACCCAUGACCCUCACCUGCUGUCUCUCUCUUUCCCUCCCCCCAGAUCUGUCGAAGAACAGGCUCACAGAGAUUCCCCCAGAGGUGUGUCUGUUUGCCCCCCUUGAGUCCCUCAACCUAUACCACAACUGCAUCAAAUGCAUCCCAGAAACCAUCAUCAACCUGCAGAUGCUGACCUAUCUCAACAUCAGGUCAGUGAUGACUCAUGGAGCACUGUGGCAUGAUCUGUUUACCCAAUGACCUCAUACUGUUUGAUAUCACCAUGAUAUCACCAGGAUAGAGGAAAUACAAAGGCCCAUAUUUAGGUGUUCACAGCAAAGAACCCACGGGGGGCCAGUAUGAAAAAUAAAAAAUAAUGUAUGCACUCACUUAACUGUAAAUCGCUCUGGAUAAGAGCGUCUGCUAAAUGACUAAAAUGUAAAUGUAAAAUGUAAAGAUAUUGUUAUUCUUGGAUUCUUUUUACCCCCUUGAAAUGGUCAAAUAACGCAAGCAUAGAUGGCAAUGGCACCGAUUGGCCUUUAGGUGGAGCUGUUAUAAGCAGUCUCACUUAAACCCUCAUAUCCACCGCCCCUUUUGACCUAGAGACUUAAAAUGUUGUACAGUUGAGGUCGGAAGUUUACAUACACCUUAGCCAAAUACAUUUAAACUCAGUUUUUCACAAUUCCUCACAUUUUAUCCUAGUAAAAAUUCCCUGUCUUAGGUAAGUUAGGAUCACCACUUUAUUUUAAGAAUGUGAAAUGUAAGUAUAAUAGUAGAGAGUGAUUUAUUUCAGCUUUUUAUUUCUUUCAUCACAUUCCCAGUGGGUCAGAAGUUUACAUACACUCAAUUAGUAUUUGGUAGCAUUGCCUUUAAAUUGUUUAACUUGGGUCAAAUGUUUUGGGUAGCCUUCCACAAGCUUCCCAUAAUAAGUUGGGUGAAUUUUGGCCCAUUCCUCCUGACAGAGCUGGUGUAACUGAAUCAGGUUUGUAGGCCUCCUUGCUCACACACGCUUUUUCAGUUCUGCACACACAUUUUCUAUAGGAUUGAGGUCAGGGCUUUGUGAUGGCCACUCCAAUACCUUGACUUUGUUGUCCUUAAGCCAUUUUGCCACAACUUUGGAAGUAUGCUUGGGGUCAUUGUCUAUUUGGAAGACCCAUUUGCGACCAAGCAUUAACUUCCUGACUGAUGUCUUGAUGUCUUGCUUCAAAAUAUCCAAACAUAACAAUGGUAUUAUGGCCAAACAGUUCUAUUUUUGUUUCAUCAGACCAGAGGACAUUUCUCCAAAAAGUAAGCUCUUUGUCCCCAUGUGCAGUUGCAAACCGUAGUCUGGCUUUUUUAUGACGGGUUUGGAGCAGUGGCUUCUUCCUUCCUGAGCGGCCUUUCAGGUUAUGUCGAUAUAGGACUCGUUUUACUGUGGAUAUAGAUACUUUUGCACCGGUUUUCUCCAGCAUCUUCACAAGGUCCUUUGCUGUUGUUCUGGGAUUGAUUUGCACUUUUCGCACCAAAGUACGUUAAUCUCUAGGAGACAGAACGCGUCUCCUUCCUGAGCGGUAUGACGGCUGCGUGGUCCCAUGGUGUUUAUACUUGAGUACUAUUGUUUGUACAGAUGAACGUGGUACCUUCAGGUGUUUGAAAAUUGCUCCCAAGGAUGAACCAGACUUGUGGAGGUCUACGAUUUUUUUUCUGAGGUCUUGGCUGAUUUCUUUUGAUUUUCCCAUGAUGUCAAGUAAAGAGGCACUGAGUUUGAAGGUAGGCCUUGAAAUACAUCCACAGGUACACCUCCAAUUGACUCAAAUUAUGUAAAUUAGCCUAUCAGAAGCUUCUAAAGGCAUGACAUAAUUUUUUAAAGGCUCAGUCAACUUAGUGUAUGUAAACUUCUUACCCACUGGAAUUGUGAUACAGUGAAUUAUAAGUGAAAUAAUCUGUCUGUAAACAGUUGUUGGAAAAAUUAAGUGUCAUGCACCAUGUAGAUGUCCUAACCAACUUGUCAAAACUAUAGUUUGUUAACAAGAAAUUUGUGGAGUGGUUGAAAAACGACUUUUAAUUACUCCAACCUAAGUGUAUGUAAACUUCCGACUUCAACUGUACAGUCGUGGUCAAAUGUUUUGAGAAUGACACAAGUAUUGGUCUUCACAAAGUUUGCUGCUUCAGUGUUUUUAGACAUUUUCGUCAGAUGUUACUAUGGUAUACUGAAGUAUAAUUACAAGCAUUCCAUAAGUGUCGAAGGCUUUUAUUGACAAUUACAUUAAGUUUAUGCAAAAAGUCAAUAUUUGCAGUGUUGACCCUUCUUUUUCAAGACCUCUGCAAUCCGCCCUGGCAUGCUGUCAAUUAACUUCUGGGCCACAUCCUGACUGAUGGCAGCCCAUUCUUGCAUGAUCAAUGCUUGGAUUUUGUCCGAAUUCGUGGGUUUUUGUUUGUCCACCCGCCUCUUGAGGAUCGACCAGAAGUUCUCAAUGGGAUUAAGGUCUGGGGAGUUUCCUGGCCAUGGACCCAAAAUGUUGAUGUUUUGUUCCCCGAGCCACUUAGUUAUCACUUUUGCCUUAUGGCAAGGUGCUCCAUCAUGCUGGAAAAGGCAUUGGUCGUCACCAAACUGUUCUUGGAUGGUUGGGAGAAGUUGCUCUCGGAGGAUGUGUUGGUACCAUUCUUUAUUCAUGGCUGUGUUCUUAGGCAAAAUUGUGAGUGAGCCCACUCCCUUGGCUGAGAAGCAACCCCACACAUGAAUGGUCUCAGGAUGCUUUACUGUUGGCAUGACGCAGGACUGAUGGUAGUGCUCACCUUGUCUUCUCCGGACAAGGUGUUUUCCGGAUGCCCCAAACAAUCGGAAAGGGGAUUCAUCAGAGAAAAUGACUUUACCCCAGUCCUCAGCAGUCCAAUCCCUGUACCUUUUGCAGAAUAUCAGUAUGACCCUGAUGUUUUUCCUGGAGAGAAGUGGCUUCUUUGCUGCCCUUCUUGACACCAGGCCAUCCUCCAAAAUGUUUUGCCAUACUGUGCGUGACGAUGCACUCACACCUGCCUGCUGCCAUUCCUGAGCAAGCUCUGCACUGGUGGUGCCCCAAUCCCGCAGCUGAAUCAACUUUAGGAGACGGUCCUGGCGCUUGCUGGACUUUCUUGGGCGCCCUGAAGCCUACUUCACAACAAUUGAACCUCUCUCCUUGAAGUUCUUGAUGAUCCGAUAAAUGGUUGAUUUAGGUGCAAUCUUACUAGCAGCAAUAUCCUUGCCUGUGAAGCACUUUUUGUGCAAAGCAAUGAUGACGGCACGUGUUUCCUUGCAGGUAACCAUGGUUAACAGAGGAAGAACAAUGAUUUCAAGCACCACCCUCCUUUUAAAGCUUCCAUUCUGUUAUUCUAACUCAAUCAGCAUGACAGAGUGAUCUCCAGCCUUGUCCUUGUCAACACUCUCACCUGUGUUAACGAGAGAAUCACUGACAUGAUGUCAGCUGGUCCUUUUGUGGCAGGGCUGAAAUGCAGUGGAAAUGUAUUUUUGGGAUUAAGUUCAUUUUCAUGGCAAAGAGGGACUUUGCAAUUAAUUGCAAUUCAUCUGAUCACUCUUCAUAACAUUCUGGAGUAUAUGCAAAUUGCCAUCAUAAAAACUGAGGCAGCAGACUUUGUGAAAAUUAAUAUUUGUAUCAUUCUCAACUUUUAACCACGACUGUAUGUAGGUAUCUUCCCUCAUGCUGAACAAAUUUGCCUCAAGGACCAAUAAGGUCCGUCAGGAUAGAUUUGGCUGUGAAAACCUUGGAAAAAUGUAUUCUCAUGAACCAAAAGUCAAAAUAACACCAGCAAUUAUGUAGGCCCAUGGUACAUCUCUUAACUUAGUUUGAGAAAAGCUAAGGGAUUGGUUAAGAGUUAUUGAUAAAUCAAGAAAUCAGAUUUUACAUGUCCAUUUAAAUCCUUUGUGAAUCCACUUCACAAUGGCCUAUCAACUUGAAACCUUUUAGGUUAAUCAAAGACAUGACCAUGAUGAACCAUGUUAUAUCUUACAAAAUGAGGAAACUAUUAACAAUUCACUUUUUUACUAUGUAACACUAACGCUUAGAAUAAUCAUAAAACAUAUUUUUCACAUGGUCUAAAAGUCAGAUUCACUGCAAAUGUGGUCUUUGGACUCAUUACAAUAGUCCCUAAAUAAAGAGUUUGAGAAAAUAACGUUGAUGCAUUCAAAUAUAGCCACACUAUACCAGUAGAUGCAUAUUAGCACAUACGCUAAUAUGCUAAAAAUACUUUUAAAAAUCUUCUUCUCAAUAAGUCAUAAGACAAAAUGACACCAAAUGGUAUAUAUCUUCACUUAGUUUGAGAAAAGCUACGGGAUUAGUCAAAAGAUGUCUGAGUUAUUAACAAAAAUCUGAUUUUAUGUGUCCAUUUAAACCAGUGGCCUAUCAACUUGAAACGUGUUGCUAUCACGGAUAUCCCUAAAAUGAACCACACUGAAUUUGGGAUUGAUAUCUUUAAAAACAAGAAAACUAUGUAUAUUAACAACUAAUUAAUUGCAUAUGUAACGCGAAUGCUCAAAAUUAUCUGCAAUCAUCUUCUCCUCGGGCAACAUACGUCAGAUUCACUCCAGAUUUGGUAUAUAGACUCAAUGAAUUAGCCUCUAAUAAAUUUGAGAAAGAUAACCAACCUACAGUACUAGACUAAACUUCCUUUAUUACACACAAAGAAAGACAAGGAAUUGCAGUCAGUUUUGGAAUGGGUGGUCAGUAGUAAACUGGUCCUGAGAAUCUCUAAAACUACUUGGUGUUACCUUAGAUUGUAAACUGUAAUGGUCAAAACAUAGAUUAAAUGGUUGUAAAGAUGGGGUGAGGUCUGUCCAUGAUAAAGAGAUGCUCUGCUUUUUUGACACCACACUUCAAAAAGGAAGUCCUGCAGGCUCUAGUUUUGUCUUAUCUUGAUUAUUGUCCAGUCAUGUGGUCAAGUGCUGCAAAUAAAGACCUAGUUAAGCUGCAGUUGGCCCAGAACAGAGCAUCACGUAUUGCUCUUCAUUGUAAUCAGAGGGCUAAUAUAAAUACGAAAGGUUGAGGAGAUACUGACUGCACCACUUCUUCUUUUUAUAAGAAACUUUUAAUGUGUUGAAAAUUCCAAAUUGUUUGCAUAGUCAACUUACACGCAACUCUGACACACACACACUUACUCCACCAGACAUGCCACCAGAGGUCUUUUCACAGUCUCUAAAUCCAGAACAAAUUCAAGAAAGUGUACAGUAUUAUAUGGAGCCAUUAUUGCAUGGAACUCCAUUCCAUCUCCUACUGCUCAAAUGAACAGAUAAAAAAACAGUUAAAGCACUACCUCACAGCCCAACGCCUCUCCCCUAUUUGAUCUAGAUAUUUUGUGUGUAUGUAUUGAUAUGUAGGCUGUGUGCCGUUUUUAAAUGUAUGUAGUUCUGUCCUUGAACUGUUCUUGUCUAUUAAUGUUCUGUAUUAUAUUUCAUGUUUUGUGUGGACCCCAGGAAGAGUAGCUGCUGCUUUCACAACAGCUAAUGGGGAUCCUAAUAAAAUACCAAAAAAAGAUAGUUGCUACAUGAUAGAGUGCUUGCUUUGUUAUCCAACUGAGCUUGUGUCCUUUCUGUCAUCCUGUGAACCCCGUUCAUUGCUGCUCACGGCUAUUCAAUUUUAUUCUGCUUCAUCUCAGGAGAAAUGGUGUUCCCCUUUCAGGGACUUCACAGGAUCAAGUAGCAAGAGCAUUUCCUCUUUCAUAGUAUGAGAAAUACACUGGGAUGUUGUUUUGUAGAUGAUGUCUAUAUAGUACUGCUGAUUUCCCAGACACCGUUAGAUAGCAGUCUCCUCUGUUUCACUAACAUUCUUUUAACACAGAGGAGACCUUUUGUUGCUUGAUCUUUUCCUGAUGUAUCCAAUGUUAUACUUGCACACAGGACAAAGCUUGAAUACUGACUAUAGUGCACAUGUGUAUUUUGUGUUUCUGUAGCAGGAACCUUCUCUCAACAUUGCCAAAAUACCUGUUCAACCUCCCUCUCAAAGUGCUGGUGGUGAGCAACAACAAGCUAGUGUCCAUCCCAGAGGAAAUUGGGAAGGCCAAAGAGCUGAUGGAACUGGUGAGCACUGGCCCAGAGCUCAUGAGUGUGGGCGCGUGCGUGUUUUUCCACAUGCAUGUGUAUCUGGAUUUGUGAUCUAUGUCCAGUUAUUUGUAGGCCUCUGUAUGACAGCCAGCUCUCUGUCUCCCCCUGUAGGACAUCAGCUGUAAUGAGAUCCAGGUGCUUCCCCCUCAGGUGGGGAGGCUCCAGGCCUUACGGGAACUCAACAUCAGGAGGAACUGUCUUCACAUGCUGCCUGAGGGUAUGUAGCAGUUUACGUUCUCUCCCCUGGUCCUCUUCACUCUCUCUCCCUCACCAACACCUCUCUGGACCCCAGGGCAGUGACAGAUACCAACUAUAUAGGUUUACCGUACUCUCUCCUUAUUCUAUAUCCAAACCCUCUUAUGCUCUCUUUCUUUUUCUCUACCCCUCGCUCUCUCUCCAGAGCUGGCGGACCUGCCACUCACCAGACUAGACUUCUCCUGCAAUAAGAUCACAGAGAUCCCUCCUGUCUACAGGAAACUCAGGCAGCUGCAGCACAUCAUCCUCGACAACAACCCUAUGCAGUCCCCACCUGCACAGGUGUGUGUGUGUUCUUAUGUGGCAACAUCUGUGGUAGUUUGUGCUGUAAAUGACAUUUGGCGCUGCAUGGGAAUAUCCACUGCCAUCUCGAUGUGUAUCAGGGACGUGGUUACAGUAAUACACAGGUUAACCCCCCCCCCCCCCCCCCCCCCCCCCCCCCCAGCUGUGAUAGUAUUCAUGAAAUACCACAGUCUCUGGUCAGUUGGACACUUAAUUUCAGCACUUAUAUAUUUAGGAUGUUUAUUUCAUGUACUUUGUAUUUGUGUGUUUCAGAUCUGCCUGAAGGGCAAGGUGCACAUCUUUAAGUACCUGAACAUCCAAACAUGUAGGAUGGAUAAGAAGCCUGACUCUCUGGACCUCCCCUCCCUGGGAAAACGCUGCCUUCCCCAGCCUCUGACAGACAGGUACACUCUUAUAUCAUACUACAGACCAGACAAUCGCCCAUAUGCAUCAUGAAUAGUGUGUUCCAUUAAACUAUAAUGACAACUAGUAUGAUAUAUUUGAAGAUUAAUGACAUAUGUUCGACGUAUUAUGAAGUGCUUAUGAUGUUGUCAUGAAUGUGAGUUAAACAAAACUGUCUGACUGUUUUAUUACUGACUCUACCUUUAUAUGUCUCUACAGCAUGGAGGAUUUUUACCCCAGUAAGAACCACGGGCCUGACUCUGGUAUCGGCAGUGACAAUGGGGAUAAAAGACUGUCUACGACAGAGGUCAGAGUUCACCCACUGUAGUCAGGCUUAGACUGUACGAGGCCUAUUGGCGUGCGUUCAACCAUGGCAAAUUGAUACUGCCACUUUGUAUUUAUUCUGUAGUCAGUGUUUGACUUUACAUUUUUUACAGUUUAGUCAUUUAGCAGACGCUCUUAUCCAGAUCAACUUACAGUUAGUGAGUGCAUACAUUUUCAUACUAGACUGGACUGAAGUAGGUGCUGGUACUCAUUUAGGUGCUGGAACACUACAAUAUUUUGCAGGAACUAAAGCAGUAGAAUAUUUGAGGUGCCUGUACAAAGUUCCUGUCAGCUCCGCCCCAAGUCAACCACCUUCUGUAGUACGUGCAGACAUGUUCAGUACACUCGUUUAUGGUUCAUGCUCACUUAACUCUUAAGUUCCCUUCUCCUCGCCCCUUCCUCUCUUCCUCUAGCCUUCUGAUGAUGACACCAUCAGCCUGCACUCUCAGGUCUCAGAGACGGCCCGCGCCGACGCCCUCUCUCUCCUCUCCAAGAUGGACUCAUGCAAAGGUAAGACCGGUUUAGAUGCAGUGGAUUUUACUGUUAGGAAACAGUAUUUGAGCAAUAAUGUGCUCAACUUGCAACAAGCACAUAGUCUGAGGUUCAACCUGGUGUGUUGUUCCCGUAGAUCAGGACCCCUAUGACUUCAUCGAGCCCAACCCAGAGGAGGAUGCUGCCCUGUCAGAGGGGGAUCGGCAGCAGAGUGGUGGACCCUACAUCUCAUGUAUAAAGGUACAUCACAAGUAAUCCAUAGGGAGCUGUAUGGCCACUACAUGUACACCACUAACUAGCCUGUCUUCCACUGUCCAUGGGUGUGCUAGCACUCCCUGUUCCUAUUCCACUAUGAGCUCUGGGGUAUAGGAGAUUGUCAGUACAAGUUUGAUCAGUGCUUAAAACUAAUCAUACCUUUCAUCAAGUCAUAAAACUUGAAAGACGUGAAUGUCAGGUAUGGGAUCUCAAGUGCCAUAAGUCAGGCAAAUAAUUCAAGUACACUACAUGGCGAAAAGUAUGUGGACACCUGCUCGUCGAACAUCUCAUUCCAAAAUCAUGGCCAUUAAUAUGGAGUUGGUCCCCACUAUGCUGCUAUAACAGCCUCCACUCUUCUGGGAAGGCUGUCCACUAGAUGUUGGAACAUUGCUGCGGGGACUUGCUUCCAUUCAGCCACGAGCAUUAGUGAGGUCGGGCACUGAUGUUGAGCAAUUACGCCUGGCUCACGGUCAGCGUUCCAAUUCAUCCCAAAGGUGUUCGACGUGGUUGUGGUCAGGGCUCUGUGCAGGCCAGUCAAGUUCUUCCACACCGAUCUCCACAAACCAUUUCUGUAUGGACCUCGCUUUGUGCACGGGGGCGUUACAGUUGGCACUAUGCAUUGGGGCAGGUAGCGUUCUCCUGGCAUCCGCCAAACCCAGAUUAUUUUGUCGGACUACCAGAUGGUGAAGCGUGAUUCAUCACUCCAGAGAACGUGUUUCCACUGCUCCAGAGUCCAGUGGCGGCCAUCUUUACACCACUCCAGCCGACGCUUGGCAUUGCACAUGGUGAUCUUAGGCUUGUGUGCAACUGCUUGGCUAUGGAAACCCAUUUCAAGAAGCUCCUGAUGAACAGUUCUUGUGCUGACGUUGCUUCCAGAGGCAGCUUGGAACUCGGUAGUGAGUGUUGUAACUGAGGACAGACGAUUUUUACGCGCUUCAGCAGUCGGAGGUCCCGUUCUGUGAGCUUGUGUGGCCUACCACUUCGCGGAUGAGCCGUUGUUGCUCCUAGAUGUUUCCACUUCAUAAUAACAGCACUUACAGUUGACCGGGGCAGCUCUAGCAGGGCAGAAAUUUGACGAUCUGACUUGUUGGAAAGGUGGCAUCCUAUGACGGUGCCACAUUGAAAUUCACUGAGCUCUUCGGUAAGGCCAUUCUACUGCCAAUGUUUGCAUGGCUGUUUGCUCGAUUUUAUACACCUGUCAGCAACGGGUGUGGCUGAAAUAGCCGAAUCCACUAAUUUGAAGGGGUGUCCACAUUACUUUUGUGGAGCGGUGUCACAGAGCUGGUGUCAGUCCGAGCUUGUAUUCUAUUCAUAUAUACUCUGUUACAAACUUACGUGUUAAUCAUCGUUGAUUGAAGAGGUGAAUGAUUUCUUCCUGCUGCGUCAGGAGGGUUGUCCAACUAGGUCCGCGGUCUGAAGCGCUAGAUAUCCUGUGUGGUGGCUAGUGCCAUGCUGGCCAAAUCCAAGGGGGGAGCUAAAUGUUACAUCUACCUAUUUCUGCUAUCAUUCAUUCACGGUAGUCCAUCGUAUCCGAUGAUGACUUCCACUUCUGAGUUAACUGUGAAUUAUUUGGUGACUGUAGAGUCCAAUCCGAGAUCCACAAACUUUAUUGCAGGUGGGGCGUAUGCAGUCUGUGUUGGCGGGGGCAGCAUGGUUAUAUGUCUCAGUCUGUGUUGGCGGGGGCAGCAUGGUUAUAUGUCUCAGUCUGUGUUGGCGGGGGCAGCAUGGUUGUAUGUCUCAGUCUGUGUUGGCGGGGGCAACAUGGUUGUAUGUCUCAGUCUGUGUUGGAGGGGGCAGCAUGGUUGUAUGUCUCAGUCUGUGUUGGCGGGGGCAACAUGGUUGUAUGUCUCAGUCUGUGUUGGCGGGGGCAGCAUGGUUGUAUGUCUCAGUCUGUGUUGGCGGGGGCAGCAUGGUUGUAUGUCUCAGUCUGUUGGUGGUGGCAGCAUGGUUGUAUGUCUCAGUCUGUUGGUGGUGGGGGCAGCAUGGUUGUAUGUCUCAGUCUGUUGGUGGUGGGGGCAGCAUGGUUGUAUGUCUCAGUCUGUUGGUGGUGGCAGCAUGGUUGUAUGUCUGUCUGUGUUGGUGGGGGCAGCGUGGUUGUCUGUCUGUGUUGACGGGGGCAACAUGGUUGUAUGUCUGUCUGUGUUGGCGGGGGCAACAUGGUUGUAUGUCUGUCUGUGUUGGCGGGGGCAGCAUGGUUGUAUGUCUGUCUGUGUUGGUGGGGGCAGCGUGGUUGUCUGUCUGUCUGUGUUGACGGGGGCAACAUGGUUGUAUGUCUGUCUGUGUUGGCGGGGGCAACAUGGUUGUAUGUCUGUCUGUGUUGGCGGGGGCAACAUGGUUGUAUGUCUGUCUGUGUUGGUGGGGGCAACAUGGUUGUAUGUCUGUCUGUGUUGGCGGGGGCAACAUGGUUGUAUGUCUGUCUGUGUUGGCGGGGGCAACAUGGUUGUAUGUCUGUCUGUGUUGGCGGGGGCAACAUGGUUGUAUGUCUGUCUGUGUUGGCGGUGGCAACAUGGUUGUAUGUCUGUCUGUGUUGGCGGGGGCAACAUGGUUGUAUCUCCUGAGCUGUUUUUGCUGUCUCUUUGUGCUCCUCUCCUCCUCCUCCUCCUCUGUACACCGCUCUGGCAGAGCUGCCGCCAGGUGGAACGGUCGGCAGCAGCAUCCUCUAGGUCUGUGGGUUUGAUGUUACACUUCUUCAGCGACGUUUUCAGCUGGUGCUUGUAGCGCUUCAUCUGCCCCCCUGCAGACCGCCGGCCAACAUGUAGCUGGCCAUACAGGAUCUUCCACAGCAAGCGCUCCUGAGACAUUCUAAUGACAUGCCCAAGCCAGCGCAGUUGGUGUUGGGUGACCAUGGCCUUCAUACUCUUGCAGUUGGUCUUAGCAAGUAUUUCUGUAUGGGGCGCACAGUCGCACCAGGUGAUUCCCAGGCUGCGCAUGGUGCGACACUAUUAAUUGAAGUAUGCAUAUUUAUGAAAUGUCAAUGGGGUUGACAUUUGAUGAUUUCAUGUAUGUAUUUUGACCAUGUAUUUGUGAUUAGUCGGAAGUGGUUUCUUCCAAGGUAAAGGCCAUGUUGAGAUGUACUUAAGCCCUGUCAUUUCAUUGUUGGACAGACAUUGUUUUCAGGCAUGAUGGAGGCCUGGUGUUUGAUUUAUUUUCAGUUAUUUGUUAGUUUACCAGUCUACGUCCUGUUUGUGUAAUUGUUCGUACAUAUGUACGUAGUGUACAGUUUGCCACUCCUGCACUGUAAAUAAACGUCCAACCUGGACAUUGCACUGCCACUUCUUGUUGCCUCUUCACUGAAACCUCCACUGCUAGGGUGGCCUCCCUUACAAGUGGAAAAGGCCAACAGAUCAUCUCGUUAGGUUUUUUGGGGGGGAAACUUGUGGAAUAAGCCAAAGCACAGAGCUGAAAGGCCAAAUUAAAUGUGUCUCGGCCUGACUUGGAUCGAUAAUGGAAAACAGGCUUGUGAUUGAACCUGGAUAGUAGUGUAGGGGUUUUACACAUCUUCUUAUAAACUGGGUGGUUCGAGCCCUGAAUGCUGAUUGGCCGACAGCCGUGGUAUAUCAGACUGUAUACCACGGGUAUGACAAAACAUUCAUUUUUACUGCUCUAUUUACAUUGGUAACCAGUUUAUAAUAGCAAUAAGGCACCUCUGGGCUUGUGAUGUAUGGCCAAUAUACCACGGCUAAGGGCGGUAUCCAAGCACUCCGCGUUGCGUCGUGCAUAAGAACAGCCCUUAGCCGUGGUAUAUUGGCCAUAUACCACACCUCCUCUGGCCUUAUUGCUUAAUUAUAACAUUAUAUAUAUAUAUAUAUAUAUAUAUAUAUAUAUCUAUCUAUAUAUAUAUAUAUAUAUAUAUAUAUAUCUAUAUAUAUAUAUAUAUACAUAUAUAUAUAUAUAUAUAUACAUACAGUGAGGGAAAACAGUAUUUGAUCCCCUGCUGAUUUUGAACGUUUGCCCACUGACAAAGAAAUGAUCAGUCUAUAAUUUUAAUGGUAGGUUUAUUUGAACAGUGAGAGACAGAAUAACAACAAAAAAAUCCAAUUUAUGAAUUGAUUUUGCAUUUUAAUGAGGAAAUAAGUAUUUGACCCCCUCUCAAUCAGUAAGAUUUCUGGCUCCCAGGUGUCUUUUAUACAGGUAACGAGCUGAGAUUAGGAGCACACUCUUAAAGGGAGUGCUCCUAAUCUCAGCUUGUUACCUGUAUAAAAGACACCUGUCCACAGAAGAAAUCAAUCAAUCAGAUUCCAAACUCUCCACCAUGGCUAAGACCAAAGAGCUCUCCAAGGAUGUCAGGGACAAGAUUGUAGACCUACACAAGGCUGGAAUGGGCUACAAGACCAUCGCCAAGCAGCUUGGUGAGAAGGUGACAACAGUUGGUGUGAUUAUUCGCAAAUGGAAGAAACACAAAAUAACUGUCAAUCUCCCUCGGCCUGGGGCUCCAUGCAAGAUCUCACCUCGUGGAGUUGCAAUGAUCAUGAGAACAGUGAGGAAUCAGCCCAGAACUACACGGGAGGAUCUUGUCAAUGAUCUCAAGGCAGCUGGGACCAUAGUCACCAAGAAAACAAUUGGUAACACACUAUACCGUGAAGGACUGAACUCCUGCAGCGCCCGCAAGGUCCCCCUGCUCAAGAAAGCACAUAUACAGGCCCGUCUGAAGUUUGCCAAUGAACAUCUGAAUGAUUCAGAGGAGAACUGGGUGAAAGUGUUGUGGUCAGAUGAGACCAAAAUCGAGCUCUUUGGCAUCAACUCAACUCGCCGUGUUUGGAGGAGGAGGAAUGCUGCCUAUGACCCUAAGAACACCAUCCCCACCAUCAAACAUAGAGGUGAAAACAUUAUGCUUAUGGGGUGUUUUUCUGCUAAGGGGACAGGACAACAUCACCGCAUCAAAGGGACAAUGGACGGGGCCAUGUACCGUCAAUUCUUGGGUGAGAACCUCCUUCCCUCAGCCAGGGCAUUGAAAAUGGGUCGUGGAUGGGUAUUCCAGCAUGACAAUUACCCAAAACACACGGCCAAGGCCACAAAGGAGUGGCUCAAGAAGAAGCACAUUAAGGUCCUGGAGUGGCCUAGCCAGUCUCCAGACCUUAAUCCCAUAGAAAAUCUGUGGAGGGAGCUGAAGGUUCAAGUUGCCAAAUGUCAGCCUCGAAACCUUAAUGACUUGGAGAAUAUCUGCAAAGAGGAGUGGGACAAAAUCCCUCCUGAGAUGUGUGCAAACGUGGUGGCCAACUACAAGAAACGUCUGACCUCUGUGAUUGCCAACAAGGGUUUUGCCACCAAGUACUAAGUCAUGUUUUGCAGAGGGGUCAAAUACUUAUUUCCCUCAUUAAAAUGCAAAUCUAUUUAUAACAUUUUUGACAUGCGUUUUUUCUGGAUUUUUCUGUUGUUAUUCUGUCUCUCACUGUUCAAAUAAACCUACCAUUAGAAUUAUAGACUGAUCAUUUCUUUGUCAGUGGGCAAAUGUACAAAAUCAGCAGGGGAUCAAAUACUUUUUUCCCUCACUGUAUAUAUAUAUUGAAUUAUUGUGUAUAUAUAUAUAUAUAUUGAAUUAAUGAAACUUACUUUUUGUUUUGUUUCAGGAAUUGGAGAAGGUUCUUAACAAGUCACACCAAAGCAAAGAUAAGGAGAACUGGAAAGAGGAGUCUGGGUAAGUCCUCACUACACAGAUGGACAGGAGGAGGAAGGAAAGACAUUUCACCUUCAAGUUCUUCUAAGUUUGAACUGAAAUAAUAUUGAUCUAUCAGUCUCCUUAGAUAGUUAAUUUACAACACUGGUUAAUGUACUGUAGGUGAGUUGAUACUUAGCAGCUAGAUGAUAGCAGUAAUAAUAAUAACAACAGGCCAAGACAGUAGACAUGCUGAGAAGACUAUGUUGUUGGAUAGCUGCCACUAUAGUAUGGCCACAUAGUGAGUUAAUGUUAUUACAGUGAGUGUGAAGUAGGUGGCAUAGGAUUUGGCUUCAAAAGGUCAUGUCCCUGUGGCCUGCAGCUCUGAUAAAGAUCAGCUAGCAGAGGAAGAGGAGGAGGAGGAGGAGGAGGAGCUGAAGGAGGUGCUGGACCUGAGGAAGAUUGCCGUUCAGCUCCUGCAGCAGGAGCAACAGAACAGGUGAGAGGCUGACCUCUGACCCCUUGGCCCCUCCCUCCUCUCUGACCUCACCUCACUCUGAGCUCUGCCCUGCCCCUAGCCCCAUAUUUCUCUGUCCUCCUCGCCACUGCUGAGCUCAGCAUCCCCCACCCCCACCUCUGCUCGCGCUCUCUCUCUCUCUACCCUUGACCCCUUACAGUGAAAGAGCAGGAAGGUCCUGGGAUGUUCUUGGAGGAGAGGGUUGGGAGGGGAGGGACUCUUCUUUUUAGUCUCCAAGAGUGUUGGGCAGAAAAGAUAAGGACUUGAUUUACAACCCCUGACAGUUAUGGGUUUCUGACUAUUUAUUGGGGUUCUAACCACAGUUAUUAGGUUAACUACAAUCAAUUGUCACCGUGAGCCAGCCGUAGCUGUUGCAGACAGCAGGUGAUAUGUGAAGAGUACAUGUUAUCAUUUCUCUUGUAUUGGGUCCUUCUAUACAUUCUUAGAAAAAGGGGUUCCAAAAGGGUUAUUUGGCUGUCCCCAUAGAUAACUAUUUUUUGGUUCCAGGUUGAACCUUUUGGGUUCCAUGUAGAACCCUCUGUGGAAAGGGCUUUACAUGGCACCCAAAAGGGUUCUACCUAGAACCAAAAACAUUUUUUCAAAGGGUUCUCCUAUGGGGACAGCCGAAGAACCCUUUUAGGUUCUAGAUAUAACCUUUUUUUCUAAGAGCGUAUUCUCUGUAUUUUAUCCAUUGUAUGGGCAGACCUUAGGUCCUUUCCAGACAUUUUGCUGUUCCUUUUUCUCCUGAAGUUAUUACUCCAUCACCACAUUCUAACUAUCUCUCUUCCCGCUCUGCAUCUAACAAACCUCCCUGUCAUUGGCUCCUGUCUUCUCUCCUCUUAUUCCCUCCCUGCUCUCCCACCUCGCCUCUUCCUUGGACCUGAUUGGUGCACACAUGAUGUGUGGCUACUAGACGACGAUCCUUAAUUUGUAGAGCAGAGAGUCUAAUUCAUCGAAGGAGGGUUGCCGGCCGUGCACACAGGUAGAGAGAGAGAGAUGUGUGGUAGAGUGAGAUUGUGAAAGUUUAAGGAGGUGGUGUCUGUUUAAUUAUAAUAGUGAAAAAUGUCACGCUGGAGUUUUAAAUGCAUGUUUCUGUGCCUUGUAAGAUGGAUGCAUACCAUUAGCUAGAUUGUCUGUUGUUCUCCAGUUCUUAAAUCCACCUGAGCCCAUACCAUACCAUAUCAUGCCUGCCUGAACACAUUGUGCCUGCAGAGUGAAAAUAGAGAGAUGAUACUAAUCCUUACUAAUCCCCCCUCCCUCUGUCUACCUGUCCAGGUUCCUCAGUCACUCUGGCAGCUCCAGCAGCAAACAGAGGUCCCCCUCUCAGGCCAUCCGCAGGUACAUACAGCACAGCUCUGCCUAAACACAUGACUCCUGCCCCUUACACUCUGAGACCUUGGGUCGGUUGCAUAAAACUAGCCAGUUUCCUGGGCGCAAGUUAAGCCUAGUCAUGGACUUUAAAGCAUGCCAUUCAUGCGUCAUUGAAACUGUCCCCAUGACUCAUGUUAUAGGAUCUUGUCAUAAUAUACAGUGCAUUCGGAAAGUAUUUUACUUUUUCCACAUUUUGUUACGUUACAGCCUUAUUCAAAAAAUUAAUGACAUUAUUUUUUCCCCUCUUCAAUCUACACACAAUACCCCAUAAUGACAAUGCAAAAACAGGUUUUUAGAAAUGUUUGCAAAUUUACAAAAAAUAAAAAACAGAACAACCUUAUUUACAUACAGUACCAGUCAAAGGUUUGGACACACCUACUCAUUCAAGGGUUUUUCUUAAUUGUUAAAAAAAAUUUUACAUUGUAGAAUCAUAGUGAAGACAUCAAAACUAUGAAAUAACACAUAUGGAAUCAUGUAGUAACCAGAAAAGUGUUAAACAAAUCAAAAUAUAUUUUAUAUUUGAGAUUCUUCAAAUAGCCACCCUUUGCCUUGAUGGCAGCUUUGCACACUCUUGGCAUUCUCUCAACCAGCUUCACCUGGAAUGCUUUUCAAACAGUCUUGAAGGAGUUCCCACAUACAGUGCCUUGCAAAAGUAUUCAUUCCCCUUGGCGUUUUUCCUAUUUUGUUGCAUUACAACCUGUAAUUUAACUUGAUUUUUAUUUGGAGUGAAAUUAAAAAAAUAGCAUACACUACCGUUCAAAAUUUUGGGGUCACAUAGAAAUGUCCUUGUUUUUGAAAGAAAAGCAAUUUUUUUGUCCAUUUAAAAUAAAAUGUUGAUCAGAAAUACAGUGUAGACAUUGUUAAUGUUGUAAAUGGCUAUUGUAGCUGGAAACGGCUGGUUUUUAAUGGAAUAUCUAUAUAGGUGUACAGAGGCCCAUUAUCAGUCCUGUGUUCCAAUGGCACGUUGUGUUUACUAAUCCAAGUUUAUCUUUUUAAAAGGCUAAUUGAUCAUUAGAAAACCCUUUUGCAAUUAUGUUAGCACAGCUGAAAACGGUUGUGCUGAUUAAAGAAGCAAUACAACUGGCGUUCUUGAGACUAGUUGAGUAUCUGGAGCAUCAGCAAUUGUGGGUUCGAUUACAGGCUCAAAAUGGCCAGAAACAAAUAACUCGUCAGUCUAUUCUUGUUCUGAGAAAAUAAGGCUAUUCCAUGCGAGAAAUUGCCAAGAAACUGAAGAUCUCGUACAACGCUGUGUACUACUCCCUUCACAGAACAGCGCAAACUGUCUCGAACCAGAAUAGAAAGAGGAGUGGGGGGCCCGGUGCACAACUGAGCAAGAGGACAAAUACAUUAGUGUCUAGUUUGAGAAACAGACGCCUCACAGGUCCUGAACUGGCAGCUUCAUUAAAUAGUACCCGCAAAACACCAGUCUCAACGUCAACAGUGAAGAGGUGACUCCGGGAUGCUGACCUUCUAGGCAGAGUUGCAAAGAAAAAGCCAUAUCUCAGACUGGCCAAUAAAAAGAAAAGAUUAAGAUGGGCAAAAGAACACAGACACUGGACAGAGGAAGAUUGGAAAAAAGUGUUAUGGACAGACGAAUCGAAGUUUGAGGUGUUCGGAUCAGAAGAACAUUCGUGAGACGCAGACCAAAUGAAAAGAUGCUGGAGGAGUGCUUGAUGCCAUCUGUCAAGCAUGGUGGAGGCAAUGUGACAGUCUGGGGGUGCUUUGGUGGCGGUAAAGUGGGAGAUUUGUACAGGGUAAAAGGGAUCUUGAAGAAGGAAGGCCAUCACUCCAUUUUGCAACGCCAUGCUUUACCCUGCGGAUGGCGCUUGAUUGGAGCCAAUUUCCUCCUACAACAGGACAAUGACCUAAAGCACAGCUCCAAACUAUGCAAUAACUAUUUAGGGAAGAAGCAGUCAGCUGGUAUUCUGUCUAUAAUGAAGUGGCCAGCACAGUCACCGGAUCUCAACCCUAUUGAGCUAUUGUGGGAGCAGUUUGACCGUAUGGUACGUAAGAAGUGCCCAUCAAGCCAAUCCAACUUGUGGGAGGUGCUUCAGGAACCAAGGGGUGAAAUCUCUUCAUAUUAUCUCAACAAAUUGACAACUAGUAUACCAAAGGUCUGCAAGGCUGUAAUUGCUGCAAAUGGAGGAUUCUUUGACGAAAGCAAAGUUUGAAGGACACAAUUAUUAUUUCAAUUAAAAAUCAUUAUUUCUAACCUUGUCAAUGACUACAUUUCCUAUUCAUUUUGCUAUAUUUCCUAUUCAAACUCAUUUAAUGUAUGUUUUCAUGGUAAACAAGGACAUUUCUAAGUGACCCCAAACUUUUGAACGGUAGUGUAUGUAUUCACCCCCUUUGCUCUGAAGCCCCUAAAUAAGAUCUGGUGCAACCAAUUACCUUCAGAAGUCACAUAAUUAGUUAAAUGAAGUCCACCUGUGUGCAAUCUAAGUGUCACCUGAUCUGUCACAUGAUCUCAGUAUAUAUACACCUGUUCUGAAAGGCCCCACAGUCUGCAACACCACUAAGCAAGGGGCACCACCAAGCAAGCGGCACCAGGUCAGGGACAAAGUUAUGGAGAAGUACAGAUCAGGGUUGGGUUAUAAAAAGAUAUCAGAAACUUUGAACAUCCCACGGAGCACCAUUAAAUCCAUUAUUAAAAAAUGGAAAUAAUAUGGCACCACAACAAACCUGCCAAGAGAGGGCCGCCCACCAAAACUCACGGACCAGGCAAGGAGGGCAUUAAUCAGAGAGGCAACAAAGAGACCAAAGAUAACCCUGAAGGAGCUGCAAAGCUCCACAGCGUAGAAUGGGGUAUCUGUCCAUAGGACCACUAAGCCGUACACUCCACAGAGCUGGGCUUUACCGAAGAGUGGCCAGAAAAAAGCCAUUGCUUAAAGAAAGAAAUAAGCAAACACGUUUGGUGUUCGCCAAAAGGCAUGUGGGAGACUCCCCAAACAUAUGGAAGAAGGUACUCUGGUCAGAUGAUACUAAAAUUGAGCUUUUUGGCCAUCAAGGAAAAAACAAUGUCUGGCGCAAACCCAACACCUCUCAACACCCCGAGAACACCAUUCCCACAGUGAAGCAUGGUGGUGGCAGCAUCAUGCUGUGGGGAUGUUUUUCAUCGGCAGGGACUGGGAAACUGGUCAGAAUUGAAGGAAUGAUGGAUGACGCUAAAUACAGGGGAAUUCUUGAGGGAAACCUGUUUCAGUCUUCCAGAGAUUUGAGACUGGGACGGAGGUUCACCUUCUAGCAGGACAAUGACCCUAAGCAUACUGCUAAAGCAACACUCGAGUGGUUUAAGGGGAAGCAUUUAAAUGUCUUGGAAUGGCCUAGUCAAAGCCCAGACCUCAAUCCAAUUGAGAACCUGUGGUAUGACUUAAAGAUUGCUGUACACCAGCGGAACCAUCCAACUUGAAGGAGCUAGAGCAGCUUUGCCUUGAAGAAUGGGCAAAAAUCCCAGUGGCUAGAUGUGCCAAGCUUAUAGAGACAUACCCCAAGAGACUUGCAGCUGUAAUUGCUGCAAAAGGUGUCUCUACAAAGUAUUGACUUUGGGGGGGUGAAUAGUUAUGCACGCUCAAGUUUUCUGUUUUUUCGUCUUAUUUCUUGUUUGUUUCACAAUAAAAAAUAUUUUGCAUCUUCAAAGUGAAAAAAAGUGUUAUGGACAGACGAAUCGAAGUUUGAGGUGUUCGGAUCACAAAGAAUAACAUUUGUGAGACGCAGACCAAAUGAAAAGGUGUUGGAGGAGUGCUUGAUGCCAUCUGUCAAGCAUGGUGGAGGCAAUGUGAUGGUCUCGGGGUGCUUUGGUGGCGGUAAAGUGGGAGAUUUUUAUAGGGUAAAAGGGAUCUUGAAGGAAGGCCAUCACUCCAUUUUGCAACGCCAUGCCAUACCCUGUGGACGGCGCUUGAUUGGAGCCAAGUUCAGCUUUCCCCAACUUUGGUCCCGCCUUCUUCACGCUACCUCGCCAAUGCUCGCAUCGCCCAACUUCACUUCCCUCCAUAAAAAAUGUAUGGCUUCCGAAGUUUCAUCGCCCCGUUGUCCUCUUUGGAAACCCAUUGUAAGGUGUCUGUAGUAAAGACUCCAUUGUGUCUGUCUGUUGUUAUUGAUGGUUAGUUUCCCUAGUGAUGACACACUGUCCCAUAAAUGAGGGUAUUGUACAUGAAUGUAAGUUUGUGUGACCGAAUGAGUCAGUGUGUUUUCCUGUCUCUCUCCUAGUGCCUCUCUAGAUGAAGGGAGUAGUGGCGCGUCAGUGCUGAGUGGGCAGGUAAGGACUUACUGUACCUUCUGUUUUCUACAGGAAACAAGCAACUCAUUCUUCCCAUUUGUGUGAGUAAUACUACAUCAUGGUCAUCAGCAUUAUUCAUGGUUAUAUUUUGAUUUGGUGUUUGUGUUUCACUCAUGUUGUUCCCCCUCUCUGUCUGUCUCUGGAAAGGACCCCGACUUCACAGACGACGACAUCACUUUCUCUGAGGUCACCCAUUUCAUACAUGCCUUUGUUUCCUCACCCUCAUCAUCAUCCAUGUGAAGACGUGUCUGUGUGCAUGUUAGCCUUUUAUAACUGAGUGAUGUACGGAGAGGCUUUAGGUCAAUCAUCCCUUUAAAUUAAAUGCUAGUGCUGCUCAAGCCAAGGGUUUUUUGUCCAUUAUUGCAUUGCCAUUUUGGUUAGUACAGUGUCCAGUACCUUGACCUUUCACUUCUCUUCUCUCUCUCUGCUCCACUCUCUCCUCUGCUCCCGCUCUUCUCUCUCUCUCUCUCCUCUCCUCUCUCUCUCCUCUCUCUCGUUCUCUUCUCUUUCUCUUUCUCUUUCUCUUCUCUCUUUCUCUCUCUAGCCCUCCUCUUCGUGCUCCUUCGAUGGCAGCCUGAAGUCCGAGUCAGACACGGAGCCAAAGUGGCCAGAGGUUCCACCUGUACUCAACCAGAACGAGGAGCGCAGGAGAAACAAGUAUCUGAGGAAAGAUUAUCUAAAGGUAUGAGACCAUGACUACCAAAUUGCACUCUGAAGCCCAUGAUGUUGAUUUGUAUUUUUGUAUUUAUUAAGAAUCCCCACUAGCUGCUGCCAAGAGAUCUAAUUUUCCUGGGGUCCAGCACAUUAAGGCAGUUAUAUACGAUUUAAAAUAUUAUAAGACAUUACAUUUCAUAACACUUUCCACAACACAUUAUGUUCCCUCAGGCCACUAGUCUACCACGUAUCUACAAUACAAAAUCCAUGUGUACUUGUGUGUCUUAUAGUACUGUGCGCCUCCCAUAGUCUGUUCUUGACUUGGGGAUUGUGUGACCUCUGGUGGCAUGCCUUGAGGGGUAUGCAUGGGUGUCCGAGCUUUGUGCAAGUAGUUUUAAAUAGACACCUCGUACAUUCAGCAUGUCAACUCUUCUUACAAAAACAAGUAGUGAUGAAGUCAGUCUCUCCUCCACUUUGAGCCAUGAGAGAUUUACAUGGUUAGCUCUCAUGUACAGUGGGGAGAACAAGUAUUUGAUACACUGCCGAUUCUGCAGGUUUUCCUACUUACAAAGCAUGUAGAGGUCUGUAAUUUUUAUCAUAGGUACACUUCAACUGUGAGAGACGGAAUCUAAAACAAAAAUGUCAUGCAAUAAAAUGCAAAUUAAUUACUUAAAAAUCAUACAAUGUGAUUUUCUGGAUUUUUGUUUUAGAUUCCGUCUCUCACAGUUGAAGUGUACCUAUGAUAAAAAUUACAGACCUCUACAUGCUUUGUAAGUAGGAAGACCUGCAAAAUCGGCAGUGUAUCAAAUACUUGUUCUCCCCACUGUAUAUUUAAAGGGCCAGCCGUGCUGCCCUGUUCUGAGCCAAUUAUAAUUUUAUGAGGUCCCUCUGUGGCAGUAGUCCAGGUGCGACAAAAUAGGGCCUGUAGGACCUGCCUUGUUGAUAGUGUUGUUAAAAAGGCAGAGUAGCGCUUUAUUAUGGACAGACUUCUCCCCAUCUUAGCUACUGUUAUAUCAACAUGUUUUGACCAUGACAGUUUACAAUCCAGGGUUGAGUCAUCCGCAUUCGGAAAGUAUUCAGACCCCUUCCCCUUUUCCACAUUUUGUUACGUUACAGCCUUAUUCUAAAAUUGAUUAAAUAAAUAAAAAUCCUCAUCAAUCUACACACAAUACCCCGUAAUGACAGUGAAAACAAUACCCCAUAAUGACAGUGAAAACAAUACCCCAUAAUGACAGUGAAAACAGUUUUUUUGAAAUUUUGGCAAAAAAACAGAAAUACCUUAUUUACAUAAGUAUUCAGAACCUUUGCUAUGAGACUCGAAGUUGACCUCGGGUGCAUCCUGUUUCCAUUUAACCUUUAUGUUUCUACAACUUGAUUGGAGUCCACCUGUGGUAAAUUAUAUUGAUUGGACAUUAUUUGGUAAGGCACACACCUGUCUAUAUAAGGUCCCACAGUUGACAGUGCAUGUCAGAGCAAAAACUAAGCCAUGAGGUCGAAGGAAUUGUCCGUAGAGCUCCGAGACAGGAUUGUGUCGAGGCACAGAUCUGACCAAUACAUUUCUGCAGCAUUAAAGGUCCCCAAGAACACAGUGGCCUCCAUCAUUCUUAAAUGGAAGACAUUUGGAACCACAAUUCCCACAAUCUUUUUAUCAUCAAUUUCUCUCAGCCAAUCAUCAGUAGUUUGUGUGUGUAAGUGCCGUGCUUGUUGAAUGUCCUUCCCUAUAAGCAUGCUGAAAGUCAGUUGUCAAUUUGUUUACAGUAAAAUAGCAUUGUAUCUGGUCAAACACAAUUAUUUCCCAGUUUACUAAGGGUUGGUAACAGGAUGAUUGGUUUGCUAUUUGAGCCUGUAAAGGGGGCUUUACUAUUCUUGAGUAGUGUAAUUACUUUUGCUUCCCUCCAGGCCUGAGGGCAGAAUUCAGAUAUCGGCAUUGUUUUAGCACUAUCCACUGAGUUUUUAAACUACGGCUCGUGACAUGGUUCAGUGUUUCAAUAAAUCAGCACAUACUAUUUCAUUUGUUAUUAAUUACCGGCGUCUUGAAAAAAAAUUGGGAUCAUGUAUACUCAUGUAACGGAAAGCAAUUUACAAUACGGCGAACUAGGUUCUAGGGCAUGGAUGAAAUCUCUUUCUUAAUGCUUAUUUUCUUCUCACAGUACAAGUGCCAGGGUGCCCGAAGAAACUCCAGUGGGAAUGACGAGUGUGAGGUGAGAAUAGCUAUCCAAUCAAAUGCACAAUAAAAGCACAUUACAAUCAAAUUAUGUUAGCACAUACUCAAGCAAAUAUCCUCAUUAGUUGAUCUAUCUGACCAAUAAUCUAAUGAUGUGUUUUGUGUGCAGGAGGUAUUGCGAAACGUUGAUUUCAGCACCACCCUCACAGUGUUUGGCCUUAAGCCAAGAUCAGGUAAGCCUGAAUUAAGUAACCUGUUCAGGGGUUAGUCAUUCCUUAUAAGGCUUUUAUUUAUUAUUGUAUGAUUGGGCAAUACAAGUGGCACACAUAUUUUCAACACAUUUCAAUGUCUUCAAGUCAAGGUUUUGAACUCUGUAAAUAACUGUAAAACAGAGAGCAUGUGGUGGAGCAGUGAAUUUGAACAGGGUGUGCAAUUAUGAUGCAGGGUAUUAAUAGUGGCAUUUACUGUGUAUGUAAUGUAGUGAUUGGACUGCUACAGCUUGUCUGUCAGGGCAAGUCCCAAGCGUGGGGAUACAUUGCUUAUGACCUCUUCGGCAUGCUAUGGUGAUGAGCUAAAUGUCAUACCCCAGUAGUUAUCAUUAUGUGUGACACAAGGUAUUUUAGUUUGAUGCAAAUACAAUCAAUGUCAACUGUUGCGUGUGCCUCAGUGUACAUUUGACAUAUUAGUAAUUUAGUAGAGGCUCCUAUCCAGUAGUGAGUGCAUACAUCUUUUUACUUUUUCGUACGCGUAAAAGGUUGAAUUUACUUGUGGGCAGCUUUCUUUAAAGGGGCAAUCUGUGAUUGUUACAUCCAUUAUUGGACUUUUAAAUUAAUUAUAAGUACCCAUAAGUACCCAUGAAUUUAACUUAUAAAUGCCUCAUGAGCUUAGUUCAACUCGUACCCCAUCAGAACAUUGUCACAAGUGUAGGCAGGAGGCAGUCAAAUUUAUUAAUGCACCAUAGCUUAAAGCGGGACGAAACCCACAGUGCAAAAUAUAAAGUACUCAGGAAAUAGUAGGAGAGAUUACUCUCAGGAAAACAAGCAACAUAUACAAUGACCGACAAAGACAAAUGACAGAGGGAGUAUAUAUACAGUGAUAGAGUGGGGUUUGGAACCAGGUGUGUGUAAUGAUGACGAGACAAGUCCGGGGUUGAUGAGUGAAGGGCGUUUGCCAGCAGCAGGUUCGGCAGCAGCUAGAAGGCCUGAGCUGGACAGCAGGGGGAGCCAAAGCGAAGGCUGGUGUGACAAACAUACACUUUUCUACUCCAUUGUUUGUAAACAAUUUAAUUGUUAAAAAAAAUGUAUACAAAUGUAUAGCCUCAAAACAUGGUUUAAACUAUAGUUUUGAUAUCAUGGUCAGUCCUUGCAUCCAUAGCUUUGUCUAUGAAUUUGUGAGUGGUUACACUUCUCCAGCCCCAUCCCUCAGCUGUUUACCAAAUCAGUGGCUGCUUUGUUUGAACUGCAUAUUGCCCUUUUUAAAAAGAGAGAAAGAGAAGAGAAACUAUUUAGGGUUUUCAUAGAUAUCCAACAAACAGGGCAAUGUGUCCCUGACAGUUACACUCUGUCCUGCAGUCCCCGGUCAAUCACUGGACCUUUGACUGCACUUUGACUGCAGUUCCAGAUAACUUUGUCUCUGUUGUAAUGAUAAUGAUGACAAAUGAGAUGACCCUCUCAACUGUCUAAGUAAAAUUGUUGGAAGAGUUCAGUGGAAUUUCCAUGGUAUUUGGCCAUCAAUAAAUAGUUUACAAAAACACAUGUGGUGUUGAACACACAGAAAGGCUACUAAGGAGAUAUCCUUCUAAGUAGCAAUAGUAUUUAUUAUAUAAUUUAUAGUAUUUAUUAUAUCCUCCAUGCAUUUACAUCUUUAGUGAGGACAGGAGCUCAGGAUUUCCACACUAAAGGGAGUUACUAAACAAAACUUGUUUGAAACUCAAAUACACAUUUGACUGACUUAGAAGUAACCCUGGUCUGGACAUUCCAAAGUUACAGUAAUGUUUGGAAAGAAGCCUGAGUAAAUGUGACCGGUGUAGAUUGCUUCUGCGUUGCGUUUUGAUCAGUUUACAUAUGACUAAAGGAUCAGGGUUGGUGUUGAGUGUUGAUCUUUUAUUAUCUGAUAAUUACAGGAAAAGCUUCCAUUAACAAAUACUGUGCUGCCCUAAUACGCCAAACUCCUCUCUUCCACAUGGGUACAGUAGACAGGGCUAAGAAUAUCAAUAUUGUUUGACAACGAUACAAUAUAAUGCACAGUAUAAAAUGCAGCUAAUGUACAGUAUAGCCUAUGGGCCUAGCUAACUUUCAUCAAUAACAGCCAGACGUUACGUACAGUUCGUACUAACAGUCAAAUAUCGUCAAAAUAUCAUAAACAAAAACACGACAUACCUGAUAAAGAAACGAGCAACAUCCAUACAUGAAGUGUUGUGCUGCCCUUAUGCACCAACUCCUCUGUAAAGUACAAAAGGGGACAUGAAUAGCCAUGCUAGCCCAAUGACGACAUGUUCAGAGAAAAUGUAAGUAACUAGCUAGCAUGUACAGCAUUCACAAAUGAACAGAUAAAAAGUGAAUAAAUGCAUGAAAUGCAUACAUUUCACAAUAUACUGGUAGAAAAGCAUAAUAUUACAAUGUCAGUGACAAUACCGCCUGGGGCGGCAGGUAGCUUAGUGGGUAAGAGCGUUGUGCCAGUAACCGAAAGGUCGCUGGUUCUAAUCCCCGAGCCGACUAGGUGAAAAAUCUGUCGAUGUGCCCUUAAGCAAGGCACUUAACCCUAAUUGCUCCUGUAAGUCGCUCUGGAUAAGAGCGUCUGCUAAAUGAUGUAAAUGUAAAUGUAAAUAUAAACUCAAUAUCUGUGUUUUCACAUAUAGGAUUAUGAUUUUCAUAGGACAAUUUUUUUAGUAACCUACCUCUUCCACAUGGGUACAGUAGACGAAGGAGGUAAGGGGGGCAGUGGAUGUUUGAGGGGGAAUGCAGAAAGAAGUGUGCGACAUUAAAAAAGGGCACUUACAACAACAAAAGGAAUGUACACUAAUAUCAGGCAUAUCGGAUUGUUUAAUUUUACUAAAUGAAAUUCAACACUUGUUACAUAAUGUCAGUAUAAAGUCUAGACUCAUCUCUGCAGGGCCCAGAGGUAUUCCCAGAAGUCCAUUGUUUGAAUGCUCCCAAAAUGUGUAAUUUCAGUGAUUUCUGUACGUCACACCCUAUAUGUUGUUGUAGCUUUUUGUCGAAGCAGCCGUCAGGAGCCGUCAGACCCCAGUUUCACCAUGAGGAGGAAGAUGGAACACCUGAGAGAGGAGAUGGAGCAGAUUGGCCUCCUACGACAGGUCAGGAGAUUCAGAAAACACUAGAUGACACACUGAUCAAAAGACACCACCAAUAACCUGAUUAGACUUUACAAAAAGUAUUAUGUAGCAGUCCUUUUAAUUCUCUAAAUUUCCUGCAUUAUUUUUCAAUAAUUUUAACCCUUUAUUGGCCUAUAUGGAUAAGGAUAAUUUGAAAUAUUUCAUACAGAAGAAAUAAGAAAAUGCAUAACCAUGGUAGCAAUUCAAAGGGAAGAGUUUGGACCAAAGGUGAGGACACAACAGUUCAUCUGACACAAUAGACAAACAGACCAAUUUUGUUCCGAACAACCCAUGGUAUGACACGUCAUCUUGUAACUGUACAUCAAACAUAGUGAUCAUUAACGUUGACACUGUAUAUGACAUGAGUUUUAUGAUAUGGAAAUGUGAAGUGCACGGCUUGCUUGUAUGACAUCAAAGUGGUAUUUAUUAUACUCCUCCACGUCCCAUCUUUCAAAAUACAUAGUCAUCUUCAUUUACAGCAUUUCCCUCACUUGGACAACAAAACAUUUGCUAAAGUUGCACAAUUAGCUGGAGAGAUGGGGGAAAGUUCUUGUCGCGCGAGGUGCUCAAGUUCAGAAUGACUGUCAGUCAAAACACAUACAGCGCUGUGGAGAGCAGAGCCAGAGCUCUGACGUCAUGUAUAGCGUGUUACUGUGUUCCAAUUUAGGGGUUUAUUAGUGUCCAAAUCUACCCAUCUCAACCCGUAUACACUGGGUUUGAGUGUAAAGGGCUAUGGAAAAUCAGUAGCUUUUCAUCAGAGGUGGGAACCAAAAGCCUCUUAUAUUGGCAGAGUUAACAGCCAGCUGUUGACAGAGUUUACAAAAGAAUACAGUGUAAUUCUGAGAUGUUUUUCUCAUCUGAUGGGCCUUGAAUGGGCUCUUUCAUGUUGUCUGGAGUUCCUCAGAAUUCUCGAUGUGUCACUACUUGUUCUUCCAGACAGCUGCAGGUUGCAUAGUGUCCCGGUGGAUCACUCUUAGUCACUCCAAAAUCCUCCUGUAAAAUAAUCUUCAUACAUGUCUUGCCUUAGCGGUUGUCAUAGGUGAUCUACAGUUUCAACAGGGAUCUACAGAAUCCAUGUUGAAAGUGUUGUUUCUGUGACUCCUCUCAGAACCUGGAGUCCAGACUGAAGGUCUUGCUGCCGGACGAUGUCGGAGCUGCUCUGAUGGAUGGCGUUGUCCUGUGCCAUCUGGCCAAUCACAUUCGUCCUCGGUCUGUGGCCAGCAUCCAUGUACCCUCCCCAGCAGUGGUAAGCACCAGUUGAAAACCUGUUGUUUAAAAUCCCCAAAGCAAACCACCUGCGAAGAAUAAACAAAAUGCCUGUAACUGUUGACCAACUCUGUCCCACAGCCAAAGCUUAGCAUGGCCAAAUGCCGCAGGAAUGUGGAAAACUUCCUAGAUGCCUGUAAGAAGCUGGGUGUGCCACAGGUAAACACACAUCACUUAAUUAAGCAAUAAGGGCAGAGGGGGUGUGGUAUAUGACCAAUAUACCAUGGCUAAGGGCUGUUCUUAUGCACAACGCAACGCAAAGUGCCUGGAUACAGCCCUUCGCGGUAGUAUAUUGGUCAUAUACCACAAACCCCCGAGGUGCCUUAUUGCUAUUAUAAACCAGUUACCAACAUAAUUAGAGCAGUACAAAAUGUAUGUUUUGUCAUACCCUUGGUCUGAUAUACCACUGCUAUCAGUCAAUCAGCAUUCAGGUCUUAAACCACCCAGUUUAUUAUCACUGCUAUCUUCGAUUGCCAUCUGUCCUCUGUCAUCACCCAGAGAUCUGAUAUAGCUUUUUCCUCAGUUUUGGUACACUCCCUAACCAGGAGAACAUCUACAGAUAUGAUAAACAUCUGUAGAUAACCAUAUGUAAAUAAACUUUUGUCAGAUUCCUGAACUUAAUGUGGAAAGCUUAAGAGGAUAGGUUGAGCUGUGCCUGGGCGGCAGGUAGCUUAGUGGGUAAGAGCGUUGUGCCAGUAACCGAAAGGUCGCUGGUUCUAAUCCCCGAGCCAACUAGGUGAAAAAUCUGUCGAUGUGCCCUUAAGCAAGGCACUUAACCCUAAUUGCUCCUGUAAGUCGCUCUGGAUAAGAGCGUCUGCUAAAUGACUAAAAUGUAAAUGUAAAAUGUUUUUGGUUUAGCCAACUGCCUUGUUGUCUUGCCAACCACAUCUUACAACAAAGAAAUAGACUGGCACCCAGAGCAGCGUGACAGAGAUAGAAACAUCAAUUCACUUGUACUGUCCUUUAAGUGUUUUGAAAGGGCCGGUGAUUACUGCGUGCUGUGUUUCUGCCCUGGCAGGACAAGCUGUGUUUGCCCCACCACAUCCUAGAGGAGCGUGGGCUGGUGAAGGUGGGCAUGACCGUCCAGGCUCUACUGGAUCUGCCAGCCUCCAAGCCCACCCAGCUGUCUGCUGUCUAACAGGAGCCUGGACACUGCCUCCAACCCCCUGUCCAGUCAAGCCAUUCACACCCCAGCCCUACACCCCACAGAGGAGGGGGCUUCCAGUCCGCUCUGCUCAUCACCAGGGACCCCUUAGGGGCGAGGGCCUGGGGGUUGCAGGGAGCCCAUUGUCAGCUGAUUGAGCCAGGAGAGGGAGUGGUUAAUUCAGAUCCUCCCACCCUUCCUAUAUGAUGUCAGCUGGGACCCGCCUCUCAUCCAUCAGAUUGUUAGCUUCUGUCAUGUCCUACCCUCAGGGGACCCUACUGUACUGUGUGUGUAGAGUACCAGUGUGACUGUCUGUGUGACCUGCGCAGUGUGGACUUCAUGAGAGCCGGUGAACCUAAAGCCAGGUCAGAGGUCAGACUAAGGGGGGUAUCACAGUGAAGAUGAAGACCUGUUUGUCACCAUGGUGAUUUUGACUGGCACAUGGUCAGACACCACUGAGCCUAGUGGUGCCAACACUGAAGUCACUGGGUUUUCAACUCUGUAUUAAAAUACAUUGGUAGUGAAGUGAUAGCUGUUUUAAAGGCAUGUACUCACUCUUCACUCAGAGAACUUAACUGCAUGCUGGCCCACCAGCCAUACCACAUAACUCAAGUGGUCCUUAACCUCUGACUUUUCUUUUCGAACAAAUUAGCAUUCAAAUUGGAUUUUGAGUCAUAUUUGUACAAGAGCAUUGUGAUAUCACAUUAUACCUCUGUUUGAUAUCCCAGAGGUAAAGCUUGGGACGUCCUUAACAGUGCUUUACCUCAGAGGAGCCAGCAGUAACCAAAUGCCGGUACACACACUUCUUACAGUCUGCAUUUGACUAGAAUUAUUGUACUGUCCAUAACAGUGCCAUUUGGGGGAAGAAUGCUAAGCUUACUUUUUAAAGCAUGAUGUCCAUGACUCAGAAGGAUGUUGUACUGCAGCACAUCUGGAUAGAGACUUCCUCACAUGCACAAGGUUGCUGAUGGUCUCAUGUCCAGUCACCCGUCUGUCUGCUGCUCUGCUGUGGGGAAGGGAGGAUGCUCUGAGGUACUGCAGGUGGUUUUGGUAGCUCACCACUUGACAGUACACGAGAGAGCCAUCCCACUGUCACAGGACCUUCUCUCAAAUGCAGACCUAAAGACAUAAGACUACUGUGACUGCAUGUAGCUUUGAUCGUAUCACGUGCUCAUUUUGAAUAGGACUAGUUGAAAGCACAGGGGUAUGUAGUUGGGAUAUUGUACCAUAUACACUUACAAUCCUGAGAUUGUAUCUUUUAGUAAUUUGAUGCAAUGAAAUGUUUUUUUUUUUUAUGUUGAAAUAUUUAAUCUUUAAGUUUAUUUCUUGCUCCUCUGGUUGGAUUCACAACUGCAAAACAUCAAAUAAGGAAAACAAAAUAAGCAAUUAGGUGAUCCCAUAGAUUAAUCCUGACCAUUUGAAAUAUUUUAUCAGGGAAACUAUUUAUCUAUUAAUUUUUUUCUAUUUAUAUGCUUUGUUUGUGUUUCACCCCUGAUGACCCCCUUAGGUUGUGACAGGAGUUUUCAGCUCCAAACUGAUGAGACAUUUGAAAAAAUACUAAUAAAGUGCGAAGUGGCAAUUUACCACCAUAGAGUUAGAUAGAGGACUCUAGAUGGAUAAAACCUGUUUUGGCAUUGCCAUUGAGGGCUUCACCAUUUUAAAGUAGUCAACUGGGUGGGACUUCCUGUGGGUGAA